AAGAAUCCUUGCCUGCAGACCGGAAGAAGGUCAAUGCGCGAUAUCCGGUUGAGUUGAUAUCUUGAAGUGGGUGAAAGGUGGAGGAGAAGACAGGCGGUUAUUCCAAAGUGACGGUGUUUUUACCUGUUUGAGCCUCCAUCACCUGAGCCAUCAUGCUGCAGAACACAGGGUGAGUAUAUUAACGUAGGAACUGAACGGUCAGUGUGAGUGUCCUUUAUCGGACAUAAACCCCACCGAAAAAUGAAGACUUUAAGCCAGCAGGUCUGUACCGAACCUGCAGACUGAUCCGCUUCAUUUCGGGCUUUUAGACAGAAAAACGACUUUAAUAUGAGAGUUUAUUGAAGCCGAUAGAACCGGAGAGGGACCACGAUUUAAACUUUUAUAAGUCUGAUCAUUAUCUCUUUGUUUUUUGACCUUUGACCUGAUAAAGUUUCAAUACGAAGAUUUUUACACUGGGUUUGGUCUGGACCGGGAUCAGAUAGAUCUUUACUGUCACUGCUGAUGGAAAUCUACAAACAACUUUAAAAACCUGUUUUUAAUCUGAACCAUACAUAAUCCUGGAAACACACACACAUACCUCUCUCUCUCUCUCUCUCUCUCUCUCUCUCUCUCACACACACACACACACACACACACACACACACACACACACACACACACACACACACCUCAGGACAGAAUCUUUGGCUGUGUCUCAUUUCAGAGACCGCAUCGACCUAAGUGCCCUUCUGCACCGUCGAACGGUGCAGUUGAAGCGUGCAUGACGUCACGACGGUGCGAACGGUGUCCCAGAGCAGUAGAUUAAAACAGUUCAGUUCAGUACAGAUCAGUUCGUCUCUAAAUCUAUAAUGUUUGGUUAACAGAUUUUAGUGAGUUCAGAGAUCAUGCUCUCAUACAGCCUGAGCUGACUGUCUGCUGUUUUUGGAUUGCUUGUAGUUUCUUCGAAGACGCGCUGUGUCUCCAAGCGAGUCCAGCCUCUCACCUGAAAUGCACAGCUGUGCAGCGGCACGCAAAGAAUUCUGGGAUACCGACGGCACGAAAGCGUGCAUACAUGCACGCUUGAAAAAGAGGCGGGGGUAGUGUGGUUUUGAGACCGAAUUUGAAGCGCGCUUAGUAUUUUGUGCCAAACGGGACACCGUUCGUGCCGCAUGGUGACCUCACGUACGCGUCAGAUGCGCCGUUCGAUGGCUGCUGUAUCUGAAAUGGGACACAGGAAGGGCACAGAACGGCGCAAAACAACACAAAACGGCAGUGCACUCAGCUAAGCGCCGUUAAGCGCGCUUAUCACGAUGCGGUCUCUGAAAUGAGACACAGCCAUAGUCUGUCCUUCUUCUCUGUUUGGUUACAAAGUUUUAUUUUUAUGUUUUUUUCCACUUUAUAUGAACUCAAACACUCUUAUAAUUCUUCUUGAAAAUGCAGAACCAACCAGAGAAGUUAUUGAUUGUAUCUCUGUGAAAAUCUUUCAGUUAAGAUGCUUUCAGAUCAGAAUAAAAACCUGUUUUUUUUACUGUCUGUGCUGAGGGUCACACAAAGGUAUGAACAGAUUAUUCAUUUAUUUAUAGUCUCUAACGCACACUCUGGCUCUCUCUUGUUUAAUGUUCCCUGUAAAUAUGAACACUGCAGGAACUGAACCGCCCUCUGAGGGUUUCAUGAAUACAGUUUUCUGGAUCAGAGUCUGGUCUUCAUAUCUGUGUGACUCAGGGACAGGGGUGUCCACAGGAGAGCUGCUCUGUUAUGGUCUUACUGUAAUACUGUCAGAUACAUAAUUUAACACAAAAAUCAUCUGACACUGAUGUGGAUAUAUUCCACCCAAAAAAAGCUGUAAACAUUAAAGGUUGCAUACCAGGCCAGUAGAUGGCAGUAUAGCUUUGAAGGACACUGGCCCUCAUUUAUCAAGCUUGCGCAGAUCUGAGCGCAUGAUUCAUCGUACGAUAGGACACACGUGAGAUUUAUGAAAGGGUUCGUAUCUGACCAAUCUCUGCAUACGUAUGAUCGGGUCUUGAUAAAUGUGGCGGCUGAAAUUGAUCGUCAUUAACAUGUUCACGCCCUUAAAUAUUCGUGGUUCAGAAACCUCGCCCACUGAGGUCAAACAUGAAAGAGGAGAAAUAUUAGAAAUAUUCGAAACUUUUUCAAGCUGAAAGUGGAUAUCCUCUCAUCUGUGGUGGAAACUAACAAUGAUUUUCUCUUUGGAAGCAUCAAAACUGGUAUAAAAGCAGUCCAGAAAACUCCGUCUUUGUAAUGUAGAGCAGACUGGAGAGUCUGACAGGGGCUGAACAAAAAGAAUUAUUAGCGUCACCAAACGGUGUGUUGUUGCCCCUGAGGCACAUUUUUAUGGAAUUCUAUUGGAUUUUUAUCACUGAUUAAAUAGCAAGAGCACUUUCCAAACUUAUACUUUACAUGUCAGAAUCCAUCGAUAAAGUCCUGUCUUCUCUGUGCAGCACCUUUGUGGCGUCUCUCCUCAUUAGUGUUCCUCACGUUGCACCGGCAGAGCCAACGGCACUCCAUUCGCCAGUGCAACAUUGUGCAAAACUGUACCGGCCCAAAUGAUGUCCCACACCCUUUCAGGGGUGUUCAACAACGUCCCCGCUGCUGGACCAAGACAGAGACACCUGCCUUUUAGGAAUCAAACACAGCGCUCCACAUUACGCGUGUGCGUAAUGUUGAAACGGCGCUCCUGCUCUGUGGCAGUGUUUCUGGGCAGAGUUAUCAAAUAGGCCUAUUCACGAAGGACAAAACAAUUUUAUUUUGUUAAAAUUAUUUAUGUUGUGUCUUUAACAACUUAAAGAUAAAUAACGGGGACGGAGCUUCACAUCAUCUGCUGUAACUUUAUUUUACCGUGGUUCGGCAGGCAACAACAAGGUAGGGCAAACACAUAUCAAUGCGGCAUAUACUAGGCUGUGAAUGCGCUGAGGUGGCACACGGGGGUGGUGUAACUCCACUUAAAGAAAUAGUCCGUACACUACAAUUCCUCCCUUUUUAAAUUAAAUGGAUGUUACCAAAUGCAUAACAAAACAAUCCAUUCAACUAUGCAAUGCACAAGAAAACAUUUCUUUUCUUUUCUUUAAACACCUUUGUGUGCAUGAAUACUAACACCAUCACAUUUAAACAACAUAUUCGAACACAUUGCUGCUGGGUAAUAUUCUACAAGUCCAGUCUCAUUGGGGGUGCUCUGUGCCUUUCAGGAUAACGCCUCUGGACUUGGGGAGUCGGUUUAGGGGUAACAGGGUUCUUAUCCACAGGAAGAGUCUCUGUUAUGGCUGGUGCAUCGUUGGUGGUAUUACUGUCACUGAGGGGCGUGGCUGCAGAUGAUGAGUUGUCACUCUUUGGUUGUGCAUCCAAGAUCUGAUCCUCGUGACGUCUCCAUGUUUGUUCUCCAACGUCAACGGUGUACAUUAGUGGUCCAGUCCUUGUUAUUUUUCCUGGGGUCCACUUGUCUCCUCUGUAGUCACGGGCUAAGACUUCCUGUCCAUUCUCAAAGUCUCUUGGAGUCUUUCCUGACAACUGACUGAGCUGCUUGUUCUGCACUUCCCUUUGCAGAUUUGGUUUCAGGAGGUCAAUGUGAGACCUGAGAGACCUGCCAAGGAACAGCAUUGCAGGUGUUUGGUUUGUAGCAGAAUGCACAGAGUUUCUGUAGACAAAAAGGAAGUUGUCCAGCUUGUGUUGGAGAGUCAUGUCUUCUCUUUCCAUUGCUUUGAUGGACCUCUUGAAGGUUUGCACAAACCUUUCAUCCAAGCCGUUUGUAGCUGGAUGGUAAGGUGCUGACUUGAAGUGCUUGAUUCCAUUUCACUUCAUGAACAGACUGAACUCCUCUGAAGUAAAUUGUGGCCCGUUGUCGCUCACAAUUUGUUCUGGCAGACCAUUUCUAGCAAAACUCGACCUUAGAACACUUAUGGUCUUUUCUGAAGUGGUUGACUUCAUUUGUACCACCUCUGGCCACUUGGAAUGAGAGUCAACGACGAUCAGGAACAUGGAGUUCAUGAAUGGUCCUGCAAAAUCAACAUGCACUCGUUGCCAUGGGGAUGACGGCCAUUCCCAAGGAUGAAGUGGGGCCUGUGGUGGAGCAUUUUGGACUCUGUGGCAACCUGAGCAGCCUUUGGUGAUGUCCUCAAGUUGUUUGUCUAUUCCUGGCCACCAAACAUAGCUCCGGGCUAGACUUUUCAUCUUUACUGUACCAAGGUGUCCUUCAUGGAGAGUCGCUAACACCCUGGCUCGAAGUUUGGAGGGAACAACGACACGGGAGCCACACAUUAAGGUCCCUUGACAGAUUGAGAGUUGGUCCCGUCUAGCCGAAAACUCUGGGAACAGUGGAUCACCAUGAGCUGGCCAUCCCCGCAUUGUUAUUUCGUACACCUAUGACAAUGUGGGGUCAUUCCUGGUUUGUUUCUGUAUUUCAGAGUUUGUCACUGGCAGCUGAUCCACCACUGCUGAGUAGAACACAUCUGCUGAAUCUGGAUGAGCAGCAUUUUCUCCUUCUGUUUUCAACAAGGGCAGUCGUGACAAACCGUCAGCGUUGCAGUGUUGUUUAGUCCCUCUGAAUUCAAUGUCAUAGGAGUGGGCCCCGAGGAAAAGCGCCCAGCGCUGUAAGCGGGUGGCUGACAUUACAGGGAUCCCUUUUCUGGGAUUGAAUAUUGAUACAAGGGGUUGGUGGUCUGUCACAAGAGUGAACCUUUGGCCAUAAAGGUAAUGAUGAAACUUUUUAAUACCCCACACCAGGCUGAGGGCUUCCCGAUCGAUCUGAGCAUAAUUGCGUUCUGCACUUGAUAGUGAUCUGGAGGCAAAAGCAAUAGGUCGUUCAGAUCCAUAUCUCAUGAGGUGUGACAGAACACAACCAAUCCCGUAAGGACUUGCGUUGCAGGCCAGUCUGAUGGGUCGUGCUGGAUCGUAAUGGGUUAACAGUUCAUCUGAAGUUAUCAGUCUUUUUGUCUCUUUGAAUGCUUGAUCACAGUCCUCAGACCACUUCCAUUUUGCUCCUGUCUGCAGCAGUGCGUUGAGUGGGUGGAGCGUUGUAGCCAAGUUUGGAAGGAACUUGUGAUAGUAGUUAAUAAGGCCUAGAUAUGACCUCAGCUGCAACACAUUUUCUGGUUUUGGUGCCUGGAGCACAGCUUCAAUUUUCUCUUUUGACUUGUGUAAGCCGUGCUUGUCGAUGACAUGUCCACAGUAUGAGAUUUCACUCCUAAAAAAUGCACACUUAUUUCUCUUUGCAUGCAGAUCAUACUCGCUUAGCCUUGUGAGCACCUUGCUUAGAUUUUCUAGGUGUUCAUCAUCAUUCUUGCCUGUUACAAUGAUAUCAUCGAGAUAACACUGUGUACCUGGGAUACCUUGAAGCACCUGAUCCAUGGCUCUUUGCCACAUAGCUGGAGCUGAAGCAACACCAAAAACAAGCCUGUUGUAUUGAAACAGUCCUUUGUGAGUAUUGAUUGUGAAGUUUCUUGUCAUUUUCCUCAACCUCCAUUUGCAAGUAGGCUUGUGCUAGGUCUAUCUUUUGAGAACUUCUCUCCCCCUGCGAGCGAUGCAAAGAUGUCAUCUAUACGUGGCAGUGGGUAUUGCACAGUACGCAGCACAGGAUUUAUACAACAGCUUCAGCCUGCCCCUUUUUCAUCACAGAGACAAUGGGGGUCGCCCAAUCGCUCCAUUCAACUUUUGACAGGACGCCAGAGGCCACCCGUUUCUGUAGUUCAGCUUCCACCUUUGGACGUAGUGCAUAGGGAACUGGACGGGCUUUGUGGAACUUUGGAGUUGCAUAUUCAUUCAACUCAAUCCUUGCCUUUCUCCCCUUUAAUGUGCCUAUGCCCUCUGCAAACACUUCCACGUGGGAUUUCAGUAGCUGUGACAGUCUCUCUGUGGCACUGUGCGAACCAUCAUUGUCUAUUCGAGCUAAAUGUAGAGCUUUAAUGGUGUGCAAAUCCAGUCUGAUUUUCCUCAACCACUCCCGGCCGAAGAGUGGGGGCCCUCCUUUUUCCAACACAUACAGCAUCAGUUUCAGUCUUUUGCCUUUGUAUGUCACUUUCACUUUAAGUUUACCUGUGGGGCACACUUUUUCACCUGUGUAGGUCUUGAGUCGCACAGAAGUCUUUAACAAUGGUAGUUUGGGGAACAGUCGCAUGUAGUCGGCUUGAGAGAUGACAGAUAAGGCCAAGCCUGUGUCUAGCUCCAUUUUCGACUUUAUGCCAGACACAUCUGGAGUAAUCCAGAUAAUUUCGUCUUUCUCACUUAUGUCAUGCAACUCCAAGCAAGAAAGUCCCAUACUGUCAGACUCUGAUGUAGAUCCACUUUCACUUGUUACCAUGCUGUGUACAUUUUUACCAUUGCAUUUUGGCUUUCUGUCUUUGUUAUACCUUUGCCUUUUAGCUUGGUUGUUGCUUGAUUUCUGUCUGCAUACUCUCUCAAUGUGCCCCGGCCGGUUACACUUUCUGCAGUUUUUGUCAUUAAACCAACAGUCAUUUGCAUUAUGAGAUGUUUUGCCACAUCUGUAACGCUUGUGUUCUUGUUUUCUAGCGUCAUUCAUUGACAUUUUGUGAAUGCCACUAUCCACAGUUUUCUUUUGUAGCUCCAAAGCGUCCUUAGCUGCUGUCUCCAUAGACACAGCGAUAGCCAGUACUUUUUCUAAUGUAAGAUCUUUUUCUGACAGUAGCCUUUUCUGUGUGCUUUGACAAUGCAUGGCACAAACCAGUCUGUCACGCAGAGCAUCAGAAAGUCCUACUCCAAAUUCACAAAACUGAGUCAGCCUGCGUAGUUCAGCAACAUAUUCUGACACACUUUCAUCUUUAGACUGGUUCCUGUUAGGGCUGCACGAUAUUGGAAAAAAAUGAUAUAGCGAUUUUUUGGGGGUUUGCGAUAUAUUGCGAUAUAUAUUGCGAUAUUAAAAAUAGAAUAAUUUUUUUACCAGAUGACUUGAAUAGCUCAGUUUAAGAAGAAUUUGGUUGACUCACCAUGACUCCAUUGUAUUCAUAUAAUACAGUUUAAUCCAGGCUAAGGGGGUUCAUCUGUGAAUGAUGAAGAUUGCUGUAUAUAAAAGGGAUCCAGGUCGGCCAUGUUUCUGUACAUAACAGAUUAUUUAUUUAACAUUGUAUUUCACACUAUAAUGGAAACAGAAGCAAAAUAUUAAACAUUAUUUAAACAAAAAAAUAAAAGAGCAGCUGCUCCACACAGCCUAGUACACACUAAGACACACUUUGACUUUUCACAUACCUUAAUAGCACAGACUUUUGAAUCAUUUACAAAAAUACAAUAAAAUCAAAACCUCUGUAAAGCCGCAGCAAAGUUGUAAACAUCUUUAAACAAAAAUAUCAAACAUAAAAAAUGAAAAAGCAGGUGUACUAGCGCUUGAGUUGUUUACAAAAAUAAAAUAACAUACAAACCUUUGUUAAACUGCAGCAAAGUUGUAAACAUAUUUUAACAAAAACAUUAAAUAUGAAAAAUAAAAGAGCAGGUGCAUUUGUCCCCUGAGUUGUUAACAAAAAUAUAACAAUAAAUAAAACAAACUCUGUAAAACAGCAGCAAAGUUGUAAAUAUCUUUAAACAAAAAUAUUAAAUAUGAAAAAUAAAAAUAUGAGCAGCUGUACUACCCCACUGAGUUGUUUAAAAAUACAACUCACAAUAAAUUUAGAUAGAAAAAAAACAAGAAAAACUUGUUAUAAACUAAACUAAACUGAACUUGUAAAUAACUUGUAAUAAAUAACAGAGAACCCUUUUUGAGUCACAAAAUUUCCUGCCUUUCUGACAGCAUAUUAAAGUUAGAGCAGAGCUGUCACAGGAGGAGGAGCAGAGCUAUUCCUGCAGCUGUAUUGUGUAUGUGUCUGGGACUCUGCACCCACCUUCCUAGCUCAGCAAUUCCCAACUUGGUCUCAUAGGUUUUUGGCCAAGAAUACCAGUUUAUCCGCCAUUGUUGGCUUGAGACAAGAACGUUGGCAAGUGACAAUGUUCUCACUUGUACUAAAAAGCCUCUCCGAUGGGGAGCUUGUAGCAGGAAUGCAGAGAUUCUUGCGGGCAAGCUUGGCGAGUCGUGGAAAGUUUACUUGGUAAGUUUUCCACCAUGCAAGUGCAUCGUCAUCUUUGUCUAUGCAAGGUGUUAGCAGGUAGUUGUUGAACUCUGCUUCCACAGAUUCACUUGGGGUCAGAGAGGAGGCACCUGCUGCUUCAGCUCUGCUCUGUAAUGACUUGAAGAAACUUCCCAAGGACUUCUUGGCCUUCUUUGCCUGGGGCGGGUCAGCAACUGUGGGAUCCUCUUCAGUGCUGCCGCUUGAUGUCUCCUGGGCCAGGCAUUCCAUCAGCUCUGUGGUCACUCUGGCCUUGACUUGAGGCUUUUUGUCUGCAUCGAUGAAGUCCAUCUUGAACCGGGGGUCCAAACAAGAUGCAAUAUCUAGCAGCUCCUGAGUAGCUUCAUCUUCAUAUUUGUAAUUGAUAUAAUCCAACAUCUCUUUUUUCAGCUUCUUGGUCAGGUCUGUGUCCUCAUCUUGCUCUUUCAGCAAUUCUGUGUUGAAGAGGUGAAGAACUGGCUUAACACAGGAGACACUGACAUAGUCUUCACCUGAAAGGGCAUCAGUGAAGUCAAGCAGUGGGCCCAGUGACUUACUGACAGAUUCGAGUACGUCUGUGUCUUGCCAGGUUGGAAUUAGAUGUAGCGCCUUCUUAUCCUCAGACAGGACCUGAGCUAAAGCCUUCUGUUGCUCUAGGAUCCUGCUGAUCAUCAUCUGUCUGGAGCCCCAUCGUGUUUGGCAUUCUGAUAUGAGAGAAUGUGGAGGCAGAUUGAGUUCCUUUUGGGCAUCUUCAAGAGCAGCUCUGGCCUUCCAGCUAUGCGAGAAGUGACCCACCAGCUUCUUGCAGACACCUGCAGCACGGUUAACCUUGUCAUUCUUUUUCACUGCAUUUUCUAAAGGGGAAAAAUAAAACAAAAUACACUCAGAACGUGUGAUUCCUGCUGUCAUCAGUUUAUUUAUAAACUGACUAAUUUAUCAUCAUCAUCAUCAUCAUCAUCAUCAUCAUCAUCAUCAUCAUUAUUAUUAUUAUCAUUAACAAUAGACGCCUGGUCUCUUUUAAACACCAGGGGUCCACAUUGAUUUUGCAAAAUAAACGCCUGGGCUACUAAUUGGUCAUUUACUAAUUGGUAUAUUAACUUACCAACUGCAAGAUGCAGCUUGUGUCCGAAGCACUGCAGCCUGGUCCACUUGUUCAAGGCAGCUGCCCUCACCAUGUUUGCAGCAUUGUCUGUCGUCACACAGACUAGACGUUUCUCAUCCAGGUUCCAAGAAGCCACAGCUUCUCUCAGCCCCGCUGCAAUAUUCUCACUUGUAUGAACAUCCGGGAAAAAUGCAGUUUGCAAACAGCGACUUUUGAGUUCAAACUCAUUAAUGAAGUGGAUGGUCAGACUGAUGUAUGGUUCUGUUGUCCGGCUGGACCACAAGUCCGUUGUAACUGCAUAAUAUACUGCUUGCAACAGCUCAUCUUCAACUUGUACCCUCUGUUUAUUAUACAGCUCUGGGAUGGCCACUUGAGAAAAAUACGUCUGUGACGGUAUUUCAUAGCGCUUGUCGAGCGUGCGGAUAAUUUUUUUAAACCCCUCUUUGGCGACCGUGUUUAAUGGCACCAUAUCUUUCGCCAGGUGAAAAGUUAUUGCAUCCGUGAUUUGUCGAUGCUGUUUGGACUUCCUGUCAUAAGGUGUUAUGCCGGCAAAGGCGUCUGUAAUUGUUUUUUGAGUGGAUGAGGUUUCACCUGGGGUCCUUGGUUUGCACUGGUCAUACAGGAGCUUGUGAUGGCGUUUCAAAUGGUCGAACAUGUUCGACAUAUUACCUCGUGUUGAGGCAACCACAGCGAGGCACUGUCGGCAGAGGACGUUCUUUUGUUCUGUAUCAUCUUUUUUAAAGCCGAAAUACUUCCAAAUUUCGGAUGUUGACUUUUUUUGGGGGACUAAAUCCUCCAUCGCCUCCUCCUGCAUGUCGCCUGUUUUCAGAGUGUAGGUGAGAGCGGCCCCUCCUCCCUCUGCUCAGCUGUGGAGGGGGGAGGGGGCGACGGCUGCUUAGCAGGAGGGAGGGGGAGAGAGAGAGAGGCUGUGCGGAGCAUGGAGCGGCUUGCUGCUGUUAUGAAGUAAAACAAAAGUUUGCGUGUUCUAAAAAAAAGAUAAAAAUAUUGCACGUCCUGCGAUGUGACUAUCGCGCAUGCGUACAUCGCGAUGGCGAUGUUCAAACGAUAUAUUGUGCAGGCCUAGUUCCUGUUGUGGAAACAGAAUCUCUCUGCUAUCACAAGUGGCUUUGGGCUUAAGUGAUUUUUUAAUGUGUCCACGAUGCUUUGAAACGACUGCGUGGCGGGCUUUUGAGGGGCUAGCAGGUUUCUGAGCAGGGUGUAUGUUUAAACACCUAUCAGGCUGAGGAGUGUGGGAACUUUCUUUUCAUCAUCCACAUCAUUUGCAGCGAAGUAAAGCUCCUCUCUUUCAAUGUAUGACUCCCAGUCUUCAUUAGCACUGUCAAACUGCUCUAUUUUCCCAACAAAAGACAUCCUCACAUUCUGUCCGCCGCGUUCUGUCCGCUGUAUUGGCUGUGUCACGAUGUUACAGGUUAGCCGUUAGCCUGUUCACUUGUCACUCGCCUCCUGUAACUUCGCUCCUCUCUCUCCCCUUCGUCGCGGAGCUCCGCCGUCUCCCUCGCCUGUCAGUGCAGCCGGGUUCAUCCGCUUGCAUGUCGGUUCGUUCUCGUCGCCAAUUUGUUGUGUCUUUAAAAACUUAAAGAUAAAUAGCGGGGACGGAGCUUCACAUCGUCUGCUGUAACUUUAUUUUACCGUGGUUCGGCAGGCAACAACAAGGUAGGGCAAACACAUAUCAAUGCGCCAUAUACUAGGCUGUGAAUGCGCUGAGGUGGCACACGGGGGUGGUGUAACUCCACUUAAAGAAAUAGUCCGUACACUACAAUUUAUGUCUUAAUCUUUAAUGAAAUCUGGCUGAUUGUGCUUCAUGACAGUUUUGACAUUUGUUUAUUAAUUUUUAUGAGACAGACAUUUGCUGCACCGCAGAUCCACAGUGACUCAAACUUGCGUAGGCCUUCACGAUGUCAGACCUGUCGUGAGAUUUGGUCGUAGCGUACGUUCACGUGCAGAUCAAUAAAUUUAUCAAUGAGGAUUUGUCAAUGAGGAUCGUGAGGAUUGGCAUUUAGAAGAACUUCAUUAACCCCUGAAGAUGGUCUUUAACGGAGCUGUGGUUCACCAUCAGGGUUACUGUCGCAGGUCUUGACUCUAACUUUUUUCACAUGUUCUCCCAAGUUGAAAAAGUAAGGAGAAUUUUAGGGGCACAAUGAAAAUUGAUCAAUAAUGUUUGUCUUAUUGAUCGACCUUAGUACUAUUAUGUACGGCGUUUUCUGAGAACAUCAACAGGUAAUUUAUUGAUUGGUCCCUUAUUCAACACCCGACGUUGACAGCGAGGGUGCCGAGUAGAUUAUAUAUAUAUAUACAGUAUAUAGAUUGCAUAUAUAUGUAUGUAUAAAUGUAUAUAUGUAUAUAUGUAUGUAUAUGUAUGUAUAUAUGUAUGUGUGUGUGUAUAUAUAUAAAUAUGUAUUUAUAUAUAUGUAUAUAUACAUAUAAAUAUAUAUGUAUGUAUUUAUAUGUGUAUAUAUGUAUGUAUAUAUGUAUAUAUGUAUGUAUAUAUGUAUAUAUAUGUGUGUAUAUAUGUAUGUAUAUAUAUGUAUGUAUAUAUGUGUAUAUAUGUAUGUAUAUAUGUAUAUAUAUAUGUGUACAUAUGUAUGUAUAUAUGUAUAUAUAUAUGUGUAUAUAUGUAUGUAUAUAUGUAUAUGUGUAUAUAUUUAUGUAUGUCUAUAUAUGUGUAUAUAUUUAUGUAUGUAUAUAUGUGUAUAUAUGUAUGUGUAUAUAUAUGUAUGUAUAUAUGUAUAGAAAGUAUAUAUGUAUAUAUGUAUAUUCGUAUAUAUGUAUAUAUAUGUAUAUAUGUAUGUAUAUGUAUGUGUGUAUAUAUAUAUGUAUAUGUUUAUAUAUAUGUUUGUAUGUAUUUAGAUCUGUAUGUAUAUGUAUGUAUAUAGAUAUGUAUGUAUGUAUAUAUAUAUAGGCCUGUCACGAUAACAAAUUUUGCUGGACGAUAAUUGUGCUACAAAUUAUUGCCGAUAAACGAUAUUAAUGACACAGUUUUUUAAAUUAUAGAAAAUGAUAAUAUAUGGCAUAAUAAUGCGAGUACACCAUGUCAAAAGUAAAAAACCUUAAUUUCCGCUGUCUGUCAGCUCGCACCAUUUUGUGGUGUUUUGUUUAUAUUUGCCUUGCUUACCAAACGCUUCAGUAAGCGGUACCUGUCGGGACGAUGGCUCCACAGCACCUCCGGCGGUACUUUUUUUGCUCAGUUGGGAAAAAUGGAGGGGAUGAUUGUGCUUUAGGUGCGCAUGCAUGUUCGUCAUAUUCCCCUUCUUUGUCACCACAACUUUGGAACAAAUACGACAUAUCGGCUCGUCCGUAUUUGUCGGCUCACCUCUUUCAUUUGGUUUAAAGCCGAAAUAUUCCCACACUUGGGCUGUUGCGUUGGGUUUAGUCACCAAAGCUGCCGUUUGCUUGCUUUUCACUCGCGACGCUCACUUGCAGCACUGUAUCCAAAAGUCUGUGUCUGUGUGCCUGUGCGCGCCAGCCCCCCCCCCCCCCCCCCCCUUGACAAAGAGACUGAAUGACUGACAGGAGGGUUCAAAAUGCGCAGAGUGAGACCUCUUCUCUCAUCCAGCAUGUUUGAUAGCGAGAGAGGAGGAAAACAAACGCACGUUAAUUAUCGAGGCUGGCAAAAUGACCAACCUCGUUUUUAUUUACCGAGCGAUAAGGCGAUUUAUUGAUUAUCGCGACAGGCCUAUCUAUCUAUGUAUAUAUCUAUAUAUAUAUGUAUAUAUGUAUAUAUACAUAUAUAUAUGUUUAUAUAUAUAUAUAUAUAUAUAUAUAUAUAUAUAUAUAUAUAUGUGUGUGUAUAUAUAUUAAUGUUAAUGAUACUGUCAAUAAAAGGAGCAGGAGGAGGAGAGAGGAGGUCAGGGAGAGGAGCAGGAGAAAAGAGAUCAGGGAGUCAUGUGGUCUUGGAGUUGUUCCUCUUUGCGCAGAAGUUAACCCCCCCCUUAAAAGCCACUCUCUGAUGCGUUAGCAUGUUAGUUAACUCCUCCUCUCUCUCUUUUGAUGUGUUUCAGGAAGUUAGCCGGCUGCACGCUCUUCAUCACUGGGGCGAGUCGGGGGAUCGGUAAAGCCAUCGCUCUGAAAGCCGCCAGAGAUGGAGCCAACAUCGUCAUCGCCGCCAAGACUGCGGAGCCCCACCCCAAACUGCCCGGAACUAUCUACACCGCCGCGCAGGAGGGUGAGGAUCAAACGGGUCAAUGAGUAAACUAACUUCAAAGAGGAGAGUGACGCAGAGCUGAGUCUGUGAGAUCAGAGUAUAGAGGCUGUUUUUUUUCUGCUGGUGUCGAUCUUUAAUCGGUUCAAACACUCUCAGAGAGAAGCUCAGGUGUGAACGGUCAGGUAAACCAGGAGAAACAUCAGCCCAGAUCCUGUUUCUGUGUGUUCUCCUGCUGUUUGUCCACCAUUGUUUAGUUUAUUUAGUGUGUGUGUGUCUGUGUUUCAGUGGAGGCAGCCGGAGGGAAGGCGUUGGCCUGCGUUGUUGACAUUCGUGAUGAGCAGCAGAUUGGAGAUGCAGUUCAAAAAGCUGUCGACAAGUUCGGAGGUAAAAACGUGAAACAUCAAAAAAACAGGAACCUUUUCUGUGAGGAAUGUGCGAGUUUCCCACACAGGGUUGUCUUGAUGCUACACAAAAAAGUCCAAAGUCACACAGUUGGGAUUGAAACCUGACUAGAACUGACCUGAGCGAGACCGGAGCGUCGAGAAAUAAAGAGAAACCUCUCCAGUCUGAGGGAUCCUGACACUGAAGACUCCAGGGUCCAAGAGUAUCUGCUAUUGUGGUUACUGGUGGAGAGCAUGUGAUGAAAUGUGACACUUCCUAUAUAAGUCAUGAUGUCAUCAUCACAGAGCUUGAUUCUGAUUGGCAGGAAUCGACAUCCUUGUGAACAACGCCAGCGCCAUCAGUCUGACAGGAACUCUGGAGACGCCCAUGAAGAAGGUUGACCUGAUGCUGGGAAUUAACCUGAGAGGGACCUACCUGACGUAUGACAUACACACACACACACUAACACACACAGCAGAUAACAUGUUUAAGACCCUUUAAGACUUGAACCCUGAACCCUGUCUAAGACUCUGAAAUCCUGAGAAGGGCCCCUAGAUCCUGAGGUUUUCUGAAGUGUUGAGAUUUACAAAAAAGCUGAUGUCUCAGCCUCUGUAGCAGAUAGAAACAAAAUUCAAAAGUAUUGAAAAGCUUACACAUGUGGCUUUCAAUAUAACUAUCUUUUAUUUUUCUGAACCUUCAUCAGAUUAUUGAAAACUGUAGGUGCCAUAUGCAGAAGUGGUUAGGUUUGUGUGUGUUGACAUCAACUGUCUGGGUUGCACCUUUCAUGCACGUCACGAGGGGGUGUGGUCAAGGCGCGAUGAUUGAAUGAUUGAAUGAAUGGACAUAUAGUCACCUGGGUGCUGCGGCGGCUGCAUGGAGAGGGGGUGAGUAGGGAGAGCGUAUUUUUUGUUGACCGCUUGAUUUAAACAUCAAACUAAGCCCAUAGAUCAUCUUGCCUUGCCCUGUCUGUCUGUUUGUGCGGCGUUGGAAAUAAAUGUGAACUCAGUCGGAAAACACGGAAAUGGCUUGUGGUUUGUGUAGCGAGUCACCAAUGCGGAAGCUCCCUCACUUAGCCUCUCAGUGACUGUGUUUUCGUUCCUAGUCACUAUAUUUUGUCAACAAAAAACGGAGUAUCAACACCCGAACGGCAUAAACGGACACGAUCACGCCACACGGUGUCUAACUGCAACGCCAGACUGAUCGCAACGUGGACUUCAGACCGGUAGGCUUGUAUCACUCGCAUCCAUUCAUUCUGUGUAUGUUGGACGGAACGCAGUUUGAUUACAGCGCAUACAGCGCAUCCAUUGGGGAGCGCUGCACGCGUGUGUGAAAGUCCGCUGAGACACGCUGUCCUGCUCGUUGAGAGUAAAUACCUGUGGUGUUUUCCGAUGUUAAUUGAUGUGAAAGAAUCUGUGGAAAAAUAAAACUAUGCUGGGUGUAUUGUGGAUUCACUGCGCGAACCACUGAACUGCCGAAUCUCAAAAGGACAAUAUGAGUGAAGCCAUGGAACAAGUGGAAAACAAUGAAACUGUGGUUGCUAAAAGGAAUGUGAAACUUACUGCAAAAGCAUUGGCAUAUAAAGUGGUAAAUCUACAAAAUGAACGUAAAACACAUGUGAAUAAAAUAAAAGGCUUAAUACCUGCAAUGAAAGAGCUGAUGAAACGAAAGGAAAAUGUACAGGAAGUGAAAUCUCAGUUGCAAACUAUUACUCAGCUCCUUGAUACUGCUGUCAACCUGCAUCAAACAAUAAUUCCACUGUUACCUGAGGAUGAAAAACUUAAACAGAAUGAUUGGUUCUCCAGUAUUGAACGUUACAGCAGUACAUUCAAGGAUGAUGUGAUUCAGUGGUUGGAUGAGAAUGAACAUGUUCUAAAUAUCAUGGAUAAUGAUGAGGCCGCAGCAACAAAGCAUGUGUGUGACCCUCAAAUAGAUGAUGCUUUACAGGCAGCAGCACAGGACACAGGCCCCAUCACACCUUAUGAAGGUCUACAGGAUGACGUGAACCCAAGUGAUAGCAUAUCAAAUGUGCAAAGCAAACGAUCUGCAAAAAGUGCUGUGAGUGGAAAAAGCUCUGGGAGUGGUAAAAGGUCCAACGUAUCAGGAACUUCUUCUGCUCGCAUCAAGGCAGAAGCUGAUUUAGCUGCACUGAUGGCACGGCAAAAACUUUUACAGGACAGACAUGCACUGGAAGAGGAGGAGCAGCAAAUACGGAAACGCAAGGAAAAGCUCAAGUUGGAUGAAGAGAUUGCUGCACACUUGGCUAAAGUGAGCGUUCUAAGGGCUGCAAGCAUAUCUGGUUCGAAAAGUACUACAACGGACAGGUCCAAUGCAAUGAGUUCCUACGUUAAAAAUGAACAAGAAACAACAAAGUUCAAUGUCAAUGCCACUCCUUUCAUUCCUCUGAGGCUGGAAACAUCUAAACAGCAAUCGAAAAUCAUGGACAGUGACCCUGUGACAAGGCCUAAAUCAGAUGGAUCGACCCAUGCUGUUCACUUUCAGCCUCCCACUUUGAAGAGCCACUUACCUGAUUUUAAUCCUCUGCUCAAUGCUCAUAAUGAUCACUUACAUCAUGGAAUCAGUCUUAAUGUUGGGGAUUCAGCAAGUCAUGGGGAGCAAAACAAUGUUCUUGACAUCAUGAAAAGACAGAAUGAAAUUACAACACUACUGAUACAACAGCAGCAACAUGCGCUCUUGCCUAAAAGAGACAUCCAGGUGUUUGAUGGUGACCCACUGCAGUUCCAUACGUUCCUGAGAGCCUUUGAAAACUGUAUUGAAAGCAAGUCCAACAGUCAUAGUGAUUGCCUGUACUUCCUCGAGCAAUACACUAGAGGUCGUCCAAGAGAUCUUGUGAGAAGCUGCCAGCAUAUGGACCCAAACAGGGGCUAUGCUCAAGCUAAAAUCCUAUUACAAGAACAUUUUGGGGAUGAACAGAGGGUUGCUGCUGCUUAUAUGGACAAGGCGUUGUCAUGGGCCCCAAUAAAAUCAGAGGACGUUAAAGCUCUCCAAGAUUAUAGCCUAUUUCUCAGAGGCUGCGCAAAUGCGAUGAACGAAGUGCAGUAUAUGUUCGAAAUGGAUAUGCCUGCUAGCAUGCUGACAAUAAUAAAAAAACUGCCUUACAAGCUGAGGGAUCGAUGGAGGACAACUGCUUGUGAAAUACAAGAAAGACGUAACCAAAGGGCUACAUUUAAUGAUAUUGUCCAUUUCAUCGAAAGGCAAGCAAAGAUUCUAACAGACCCAGUAUUUGGAGACAUUCAAGACUCAUCACCAGCAGCAAACAGAGGCAUGAAUCGAACCAGCUUAAAACCUAGAUCUCGGCCAAAGGGAAGUAGUUUCGCUACAACAGUGACUACUGUACAGCACAAUUACACAGCAACAAAAGGAAGGAGGCCAGACACAACCUCAUCAGCCAAGAAAGUCUGUCUGUUUUGUGAGGGUGGGCACAUGUUGGAGUAUUGCUCUCGAAUGGAGAAGAUGACUCACACUGAAAAGAUCACCUUUUUAAGGGAAAAGGGAAUAUGCUUCGGCUGUUUGUGUAUAGGACACAUCAGCAAGGACUGUCGAAAGCGUCUAUCAUGUAAAGUGUGUAGUUUGAAACACCCCACAGUGCUUCACAUCCAUUCAAAGGAAAAGGACCCAGUGACAGAAGAAGAACCAGGCGCCGCAGUGGGCUGUGCUCUGGUAUCUAAUGGGUUGACUGGGGCUGGUGGCCAUGAGUGCAAGCUUCCUAUAGUUCCUGUAUUGGUUAAAUCCAAGAAAGGUAAUCAUGUAGUGGCUACUUAUGCCUUCUUGGAUCAAGGUAGCACGGCUGUUUUCUGCACAGUAAACCUCAUGAACAAGCUCAACCUCUCAGGAAAAAGGACAAGAAUCCUUUUGCGGACAAUGGGUCAGGAGAAGGUUGUUAACAGCUGUGUGGUCACGGGACUGGAGGUGGCCGGUUUGGACGGAGAGACAUACUGUGAUUUGCCCAACACCUAUACACAGGAGUGCAUGCCGGUGCAUAGAGGAAAUAUUCCAUGUCAAAAGGAUCUCGAGAGGUGGGCAUACUUGAGAGAUGUUCACUUACCUGAUAUCGACUCCGAAGUUGAGCUGUUGAUUGGAACAAACGUACCAAGGGCACUGGAACCAUUACAAGUCAUCCGUAGUGUGGACAAUGGACCGUAUGCCAUCAAGACUAUUUUGGGUUGGACUGUUAAUGGGCCACUGGGGGGAAACAGUGGUGAUGGAAUGGAUGUUGCAACCGUUAACAGAAUUUCAGUCCUGAACUUGGAGGAGCUCUGGCAGCAGCAGUUCAGAACAGAUUUCCCAGAAUGUGGCUACGAUGAGCAACCUGGCCAGUCAAGAGAGGACCAAAAGUUCAUGAAGUUGGUCCAGGAUUCAGCCAAGCUUGUAGAUGGUCAUUACCAGAUUGCAUUGCCCCUGCGAAGCUCCGUGACCAUGCCAAAUAACAAGAAGGUUGCCGAGCAGCGUGCUCUAAACCUGAAGAGGAGGUUCAAAAGGGACUCGUUAUUUCAUCAGCAGUACACUGAUUUCAUGAAUGAUAUGGUCACCAAGGGAUACGCAGAGCAAGUACCUUCAGAUGAGCUGGCACGUACUGAUGGAAGAUUGUGGUAUAUCCCACACCAUGGUGUGUAUCACCCACAAAAGGGAAAAAUCCGUGUGGUUUUUGACUGUGCUGCCACUUUCCAGUCGGCAUCUCUCAACGCUCAACUGCUGCAAGGGCCGGAUCUCACUAGCUCGCUGAUUGGCGUCCUGGCCAGAUUCCGGAAAGAACCGGUAGUGAUCAUGGCAGACAUAGAGUCCAUGUUUCACCAAGUAAAGGUGCCAAGGGAAGACGCUGAUCUACUGAGGUUUCUCUGGUGGCCCAACGGUGACUGCACCCAAGAUCUGGUAGACUUCAGAAUGUUGGUACAUCUUUUUGGUGCAACGUCCUCACCAAGUUGUGCUAACUUUGCAUUGAGGAAAUGUGCUAAGGACAAUGAAGAACAGUUCUGCCGAGAGACCAUUGAGAGGAUUCUGCACUGCUUUUAUGUGGACGAUUGUCUGGUGUCGACGGCCAGUGAGGAAGAAGCAGUGGCACUGUAUCAUGACCUGGUCUCUGUAUGUGCCAAAGGAGGCUUUAAGUUGACCAAAUGGAUGAGCAAUAGCCGUGCAGUGAUGGCAGCAAUUCCAGGGGACCAAAGAGCUAAGGGCAUGAAGGACCUGGAUUUGGACCAUGACCUGCUACCAGUGGAGAGGGUGCUCGGGGUGCAAUGGUGCAUCCAGUCUGAUGUCUUCAAGUUUAGAAUCCUGGUGCAGGACAGGCCCCUGACAAGGAGGGGGAUCCUCUCUGUCAUCAGUUCAGUAUAUGAUCCUCUAGGAAUCCUGAGUCCCAUUGUUCUUUCUGCCAAGAUCAUCCUGCAGGAGCUGUGUAGGCAAAGACUCGGUUGGGAUGACCCUAUACCACCAUCAGCUGCACAGGAAUGGACGAGCUGGUUAGAGGAGCUCCAUCAGUUAGAGCACUUCCAGGUUUCGCGGUGCCUUAAACCCCCAGACUUUGGUGAGGUCACUGUGGCGCAACUGCACCAUUUUACAGAUGCAAGUAAUAAUGGUUAUGGUGUAGUGACCUACCUUCUCCUGCGGAAUGCAUGUUCCCAGAUGCACAGCAGCUUUGUCAUGGGAAAGUCCAGGGUGUCUCCUUUGAAGCCGGUCUCAAUACCCCGCAUGGAGCUCACAGCUGCUACAAUGGCAAGCCGUCUGGACACCUUUUGGAAAAAGGAGUUGCACAUCUCAUUAAUAGAGUCAACGUUUUGGACUGACAGCACCUCUGUGCUGAAGUACAUCAGGAAUGAGACUUCCAGUUUCCGUACCUUUGUCGCCAACAGGGUAGCAGAAAUACUCAAAGUGUCAGAUCCAUCGCAGUGGAAGUAUGUAAACACCCUAAGCAAUCCUGCAGAUGUGGCCUCCAGGGGACUGAGGGUUGACAUGUUCCUGAGGAACAAGGCGUGGUUGUCAGGACCUGCAUAUCUCCUGCAACCUGAACGAGACUGGCCUGCGAGUCCAGAUUGCUUGGGCGAACUCCUGCUGAACGAUCCAGAAGUCAAGGCCAGUGUGGCAGUGAAUGCAGUGCAGGCCUCAGAGGAUGUGGAUGCAACCACUCAACUAAUCCAUCAUUUUUCCUCUUGGACCCAUCUGAGAAGGGCUGUGGCUUGGUUUCUCAGGCUAAAAAACAUGCUGCGGGGUCUCAGCCAGAAGAGGACAUGGACUGACUCUGCGUCCACUCAGUCGGAGUCAGGGAAACAACAAAGACCGUCCUCGGAGCUUGGAAAAGGAGGGUUCAAAGACCUGGCACCGAGAGGUUUCCUCACGGUAGACGAGUUGCAGGUAGCUGAAAAGGAAAUCAUCAGGUUUUGUCAGAGGAAGAGGUUUCCUGAUGAACUCUCUAGUUUGCAGAAGGGCGAAAGUGUGAAAAGGAGAAGUCACAUCUUUAAGCUCGCUCCUGUGUUGGAGGAUGGUAUCCUGAGGGUUGGUGGUCGGUUGAGCCGAGCAGCCUUACCUGAAGACGCAAAACACCCUGCCAUUCUGACCAAAGAGCUCCACAUUUCAGACGUUCUCCUGAGACACAUACAUCAACAAGUUGGUCAUGGAGGACGCAACUACAUGUUGUCCAAACUACGUGAAAGAUACUGGAUUCCUGGGGUCAGCACAGCCAUAAGGAGAAUUUUGUCAAAGUGUGUUGUCUGCCGCAGGUUGCAAGCUGCCCCAGGGUGUCAGCUGAUGGCUGAUCUUCCUGUUGACAGGGUCUGCCCAGACAAACCUCCAUUCACCAGAGUCGGUGUGGACUACUUUGGACCAUUCGAGGUUAAGAGCCGGAGGAGCAUUGUAAAGAGAUAUGGAGUCAUGUUCACCUGUUUGGCAAUACGGGCUGUUCAUAUCGAAGUGGCUCCUUCGCUGGAUACAGACGCCUUUAUUAAUGCACUACGACGAUUCAUGGCAAGACGUGGCCAAGUCCAAGAAAUUCGAUCAGACAAUGGAACAAACUUUAUUGGAGGAGAACGUGAGCUGAGAGAGGCUAUCAGAGGUUGGAAUCAAGCUCAGAUAAAUGGUGUUCUUCUUCAGAAGGAGGUGAAAUGGAUUUUUAACCCCCCAGCUGGAUCGCACCAUGGUGGUGCCUGGGAAAGGUUGAUCAGAUCAGUGCGCAAGGUCUUGAACUCCAUCUUGAAAGUUCAAAAUCUGGACGAGGAGGGACUGCACACUGUCCUCUGUGAGGUGGAAGCAGUCAUUAACGGCCGUCCAAUUACUAAGGCCUCAACCGACCCUAACGACCUCGAAGCUCUGACGCCUAACCAUCUCUUGCUGUUGAAAACCUCUCCUUCCCUGCCACCUGGGCAGUUUCAAAGAGACGACAUCUACGCUCAUCGACGCUGGAGGCAGGUCCAGUACAUGUCUGAUUUAUUUUGGAAGCGAUGGACUAAGGAGUAUUUGCCACAGUUGCAGGAACGUCAGAAGUGGACUGGUAUCAAGCGCAACUUUGUAGAAGGGGACGUUGUGCUUAUUGUGGAUGAAACAGCACCACGGAACUCGUGGGUCAUGGGAAGGGUUAUCCAAACCUUCCCAGACAGAAGAGGAUUUGUGCGACGGCUGCAGAUCAAGACCAAGACCAGCUCCUUGGAAAGGCCCAUAACCAAAGUCUGUCUUCUGCAGGAAUCGGAUGCCUGACUCUUCCGUUCUGGAAGGAUAGUUUGAUUGACUUUACUGACCGACAGCACGACAUGACUUUCCUCCGUGAAGCUGUGUGUCUGAACUUUUGAACUUGGCUAGACUUGACUUGUGUUCCAGGAAGAAGAGCACAUUGAUGAACUGUAUUGAUGGACUAUUACAAGAACAUUGGUGGAUUUCGUGGUUCAUUUAUUUGUCAUAGUGUAAUUAUUAUAAUGGUAAUAAUUAGGGGCUGGGUUGUAGGUGCCAUAUGCAGAAGUGGUUAGGUUUGUGUGUGUUGACAUCAACUGUCUGGGUUGCACCUUUCAUGCACGUCACGAGGGGGUGUGGUCAAGGCGCGAUGAUUGAAUGAUUGAAUGAAUGGACAUAUAGUCACCUGGGUGCUGCGGCGGCUGCAUGGAGAGGGGGUGAGUAGGGAGAGCGUAUUUUUUGUUGACCGCUUGAUUUAAACAUCAAACUAAGCCCAUAGAUCAUCUUGCCUUGCCCUGUCUGUCUGUUUGUGCGGCGUUGGAAAUAAAUGUGAACUCAGUCGGAAAACACGGAAAUGGCUUGUGGUUUGUGUAGCGAGUCACCAAUGCGGAAGCUCCCUCACUUAGCCUCUCAGUGACUGUGUUUUCGUUCCUAGUCACUAUAAAAACCUUGAACAAACAAACUCAAAUGAAAUAAAGCGGCUGCAUAAAUAAAAGUAAAGGCUCUGCACUGGAGAAUAACAAACAGUUUGCUUUCUGUAACACAAGUGGCAGUCAUGAAUAAGUGUCCAUUCAUUACAAAUGUAAAUAUAAAUUAAUAAGGUGUUAAAAGGGUAUGCAGCUGCCCUAGUGACAGUAUAAAAGCAGCACUAAAAACUAAUAAAUAGAUAAACUAAUAAAUAAAUAUGUGUCUGACAGUGUGUUCAUGUCUGUGCUCACCCAAAGUCAUGCCACACUUACAGAAAACUCAACUUUACUUGUAAAGCACUUUAAAACAACCACAGUUGACCAAAGUGCUGUGCAUAAAUAGACAAAACAACGCAAACAUAAAAAACAAUCAAAAAACAAUGGAUAAAAUAAAAGCAGAUAUUAAAAAGUAAAAUAUAGUUUCAAUGUUUUUAAAAACUAAUUUAAAAACAUAGAAAGAAAUAACUAAAAACAAAUUAUAAAACACUAAAAAAUGAGCAGAGUCUCAUGCAGGGUUGAAAGCCAAUGAAUAAAAAUGGGUUUUGAGACGAGUUUUAAAAAUGGACAAUGUGGAGGCUUGUCUGAUUUGGAGGGGUAGCUCGUUCCAUAAUUUUGGGGCCGCAACAGAAAAAGAUCUAUCCCCUCUGAGCUUCAGUUUGGACCUCGGUACCUCAGAGAGGUAAGAUGGAGUCAGACCAUUUAAAGAGUUAAAAACAAAUAAAAGAAUCUUAAAAUUAACUCUAAAAUGCACAGGUAACCAGUGGAGGGAGGCUAGGAUGGGAGGAAUGUGCUCCCUCUUACGUACUCCAGUUAAGAGCCGGGCGGCUGCGUUUUGUACUAACUGGUGAGAGGGAGGACUGGCUGACUCCAAAGUAAAGUGCAUUACAGUAAUCCAGCUGAGUUGUAACAAAGGCAUGGAUUACACCGAUAGUGUGAGGGGGGGGGGGCAGUAGUCUACAGUAUAUCUACAGUAUAUAUAUAUAUUUAUAACUUAAUAGAAAAUUUUAAAAACCGUCCAAUUACUCGAUAAUCAGACCCCCUCACCCCCUAAUAAUCAGUAUCGUCAUCAGCCCCAAAAAAUCCAUAUUGGUCGGGUCCUAUCAUCAGCGUCAUUAUUUCUGUCAAUAUCACAACCUUUACUAAGCCUGGAUGUUUCUCCUCUGAAGCUGCUCUCUGUCUCCGUCAUUGUUUACUUUCCUUUAUGAAGGAAAGGGGGGUAGUUAAAAAUGCUUUUCUUUGAUCAGUCAGUCUUCCUGUCGGCGUGAAGAGCAGUAGCCUACAGUAUAUCUACAGUAGAUAUAUAUAUUUUUAUAACUUCAUAAAAAUAAAAAAAAUCGGCCAAUUAAUCGAUAAUCAGACCCCCCCCCCAAUAAUCAGUGUCAGCAUCAGCCCCAAAAAAUCCAUAUUGGUCGGGUCCUAUCAUCAGCGUCAUCAUUUCUGUCAAUAUCACGACCUUCACCAAGACUGGAUGUUUCUCCUCUGACACUGCUCUCUGCCUCCAUCAUUGUUUACUUUCCUUUAUGAAGCUUGUAUCAAGAUCCGAUCAUGAAUCUGAUCGCUUUAUUAAUCUUUAUUAGCCUAUCAGAGGCAGACGGGUAUGAUGAUUUGUUUCACCACAACUCUAGAAAUGAUUGAAAAGGUACUGAAUGUUACAGAAUGAUGUAUCUGUGCUCCCGACUUAAAGGGGAGAAAUGUAUUCCUAUCCCGGUUUAAACGGGUCAACGGUGUCUGUCUUAAGGUCAUUAUGAAAGAUGGAUACCAGCUAAUAAUGUGUGUGUGUGUGUGUGUGUGUGUGUGUGUGUGUCAGGUCUAAACUGGUCAUCCCUCACCUGCUGAAGAGUCGUAGUCCUCACAUCCUGAACCUGUCCCCUCCUCUUAACCUGAAUCCGGUCUGGUUUAAGAACCACACAGGUAACCAUAGCAACUAGCCUGCAGCAUCCCAUCAUGCAUUGGUACAACAAUAAUGAAGCUCUUUCUGUGUAACCAUUUCUGUUCUUUCCUUCAGCAUACACAAUGGCGAAGUACGGCAUGUCCAUGUGCGUGCUCGGGAUGGCCGAAGAGUUCAGAGGUCAAAUCGCGGUCAACGCCCUCUGGCCACGAACAGGUCAGUCGUCCUGACACACUUCCUGUCGACUCUCAUAACAAGAGUAGAAUGAGGACUAACUUUUGAAUCAAACCCUGCUCCCUCUGUGUUUUGUUGCCAUAGCGAUUCAGACAGCAGCCAUGGACAUGCUUGGUGGGGAGGGCGUGGGUAAACAGUGCCGUACUGCUGACAUCAUGGCGGAUGCUGCCUACGCCAUCCUGUCCCAGCCGAAGGACUACACGGGUCACUUCCUGGUGGAUGAAGACAUCCUGAAGGAGCAGGGCGUGCAGAACUUUGACCAGUACUCCGUCCAGCUGGGUAAGGAUGAGCUAACGGAGUUAAUGCUAACCUAGCAUACACUGGUAGACACUGUUCAGACAAAUGGUCAUGUGGUACUAAAAGUAGUCUGUGAUUGGCUGACAGGUCACCCCUUACUGCCGGACUUCUUCUUGGAUGAAGCCCCCGAGUCUCUGGUGCAAAAGAUGGAAGAACAUGGUGGGAUUUGAAGAAUUGGAGAAUCAGAGAUAGAAAAAAAACAGAUUUAUCUCUAAAAUAAUCAGAACUUUAAAUCUAAUACAUUGUAAAUUUAUCUCUAGUUUAAUCUGAAUUUAUCUCUGAUAUAAUAUGAAUUUUAGCUCUAAUGUAAUCUAAACUUUAGAUCAAAUAUAAUCUAAAAUGUGGCUCUAAAAUAAACUUAAUUUAGCUCUGAUUGAAUCUGAAUCCAGCCCUGAUAUAAUCUUAAUUUUAGAUGUAAUAUUAUCUGAAUUUAUUUCUAAUAUAAUCCGAAUUUAUCUCUGGUAAAAUCUUAAUUUUAGCUAUAGUAUAAUCUGAAUUUAUCUCUAAUAUAAUCUAUAUUUAAACUCUGAUAGAAAGGCUGUGUCUGAUUGGUUGUCAUGGUUUAGCUCCUCCCUUUGGUUUAUUAAAAGUUCUUGUUCCUCUUUUAUCGUUAGGAGCGACCCCGGCCUUCAAACCCUCUCAGCCAUCAUCAGCUACGCCCACUUCUAAUGGACCAAUAGAAAGCACCUUCAGCGUCAUCAGAGAAGUCAUCAAUGAGGAGGUUGUCAAGUCAACACAGGGCAUCUAUCAGUUCGACCUAUCAGGUAAGAUCUAGGUCUGUCAGGAGAGGUGCUCUGCUCGUAGAAGGACUUCCUGUUGGUGUGUUUGUGACCAUAUAAUGAGUGUUUGGCUUUAUAUAAAAAGUAUCAGAUAGUAUCAAUAAAGAGCUGAAAUUAAUGUGGAUUUGUUUAAGACCAUAUAAGGAGAUCCUUUAAGUGACAUUGUUCGCCUGUUUGUUUCUCUGAAAGGAGAACUUGUCCUUAUAAGGAGAUCCUGUGGGCUUGUGACUGAUGUAAUCUAGUUUUAGUCCUAACAAGGAGAUCCUGUGGGCGUGUCACUGAUGUAAUCUAGUUUUGGUCCUUAUAAGGAGAUCCUGUGGGCGUGUCACUGAUGUAAUACUGUUUUUGAAAUUUUAAGGAGAGCACGGUGGCGUUUGGUUUCUGGAUUUGAAGAGCGGUUCUGGCAGUGCUGGGCCGGGUCAACCACCAGUUAAAGCUGACGUUGUCAUGAAGAUGGACUCUGGCGACUUCAGCAAGAUGUUUGCAGGUGAGUCGUUACCAUGGUAAUGAGGCUUUAUGCUGAUCUGGUUGGCUAUUCCAGAUCGGCUGAUAUUUAGCGUUUUAUGUAAUCUGCAUGAUGGUAAGGCUCAGCUCUCAGCCCAGAUGAUAUCACUGACAUGAAGAUGUUUCAGAGAUGGCAGGAGUGGUGCAUUGUUUUCGAUGUUGUUUCCAUGGUAACAGCUCUGCGUCUUUGUGGCGGUUUCAGGUCAGCUAAAGCCGACGAUGGCGUUCAUGUCUGGGAAGCUAAGGAUCAAAGGAGACAUGACGCUCGCCAUCAAACUGGAGAAAUUGAUGGGCAAAAUGAACAAGGCCAAACUGUGAGCACCAAGCUCCACCCCCAGGCCCUCUCAGGCCCGCCCACUUGCUGUAGAUGAUGCCUUAAUGAAUUUUAACAAUAAAGCUCUCCUUGUUAAUAAACUAAACAGA